UAUUUUAUGACACAAAUAUUAUAUUUCAUGAGCAAGCAUGUUUGUUAAAGUCACCCACCUGGACUGAAAUCCAGGCUAAAUCCUGUUUAUUUAUAAAUCAGUGUCUCCGAAUCCUCUCCCUGUGAGUCGGCUCAGAGAGUCGGAUCUGAAAGAUUUGACUCAGAGUUCCGACUCUUUUGGCCCCGCCCUGUAGUGUGUAUUGUGGAAAUCAAAGAUGGCGCCUUCACACGUCCUCAGAUGCUGUCAGCGGGGUCUGGCUUGGAUACCGGUUAUAUUUAUCGCUUUAGUUGUGUGCUGGUCGUAUUAUGCCUACGUUGUGGAGCUGUGUGUGUUCACGGUGCCAAGUCUGGGAGAAAAAGUUAUCUACUUGGUCGUUUUUCACCUCUCCUUCAUCAUGUUUGUUUGGUCUUAUUGGAAGACCAUCUUCACGAAACCAACAAAUCCAUCCAAAGAGUUCUGUUUACCCAAAGCUGAGAAGGAGCUUUAUGAGAAAGAAGAGCGUCCAGAGGUCCAGCAGGAGAUCCUGAAGCGAGUUGCAAGCAGUCUGCCGCUCUACACACGCACUGGUGCUGGAGCCAUCCGCUACUGCGACCGCUGCCAGGUGAUCAAACCCGACCGGUGCCACCACUGCUCCGCCUGCGACAUGUGCGUGUUGAAGAUGGAUCAUCACUGCCCAUGGGUGAACAACUGUGUAGGCUUCUCCAAUUACAAGUUCUUCAUCCUGUUCCUGGCGUACUCGCUGCUCUACUGCCUGUUCAUCGCUGCCACGGUGCUGCAGUACUUCAUCAAGUUCUGGACAAGCGAGCUGCCUGACUCUCACGCCAAAUUCCAUGUAUUGUUUCUCUUUUUUGUGGCGGCCAUGUUCUGCAUCAGCAUCCUCUCGCUCUUCACUUACCACCUGUGGCUUGUAGGAAAGAACAGAUCCACGAUAGAGGCGUUUCGAGCACCCGUGUUUAGGAAUGGACCAGACAAAAACGGGUUCUCGCUGGGUUUCAGCAAGAACAUCGCUCAGGUGUUCGGAGACGAGAAGAAGUUCUGGCUGCUGCCGGUGUUCACCAGUCUGGGAGACGGUCUCACGUUUCCAACCCGGCUGGUUGUCACCAAUCCCGAACAGCCAACAGUAGUCGUACAUCCUGACCACCUGAGCCAAAGUGUUGAAGGUGAGCAGUGUAGUCCUCUCAGCGAGUCUCAGAAACAUCUUCUCAAUAAUGACCUCCACGAUGGUCACAUCUCUGUAAAGGCUGUAAAGUCUGAUGAAAGUGACACCGUCACAGUUUCCAUGGCGAGCGAGUCCUAGCCAGAGUUCGUGCUUGUAAACUGUGGAGGAGAAACACAGCCAUCAAACGUGAUGCCUUAAACAACUCCAUCACCUCUGCAGCAGCUCCUCGUCUGUGUGCAUUCGUUCAACUUUCAGACAAAUUUGCGUCGUUCAUCUGUUUCUUCUUCUCCUUCAGAGCAGUCUGGCGUUUUAAUCUUCACACUCACUCGUUAACUUUGAGUAACGGUGCACCUCCUAUCGACCCGUUUGUUGUUUACCAGUAAAAUGCGCACUACCAUUGUAAUGUUCGGGGUGUUUAAUUUCCCCGGCAGUAUCUGAUCUGAUCUGAUCUGAUCUGAUGUUUACACAGCAGAAAGCGAUCGAAAGAGCUACAGCUAUUUACAUCUUCACGCCAUUCCUGCUGGGGUUUUAACAGAAACUUAUCGACCCACAGACGGGUUUAAAUUCUCUUCUAUUGUAUUGUAUCUGACCGACUGAUUUUAUAUCCAUCUCUGAUAACCAUCGCACUAAUUUAUUUUAUUUUUUCUCUCCAAGAUAGAACUAACGGUUUAUCGUGCUCACAGGAUCGCACAUUUGCACAUUGGAAUUCCAGCGAGCAAACAUUUAAAUGAAGUUCUGAGUAUUCAGAUGUGUGCGUGCAUAUACAUAUGAGAAUUCUCACCCAUCAAAAACGACCCGUUACGUCACAAUAUGAAAUCACAUACUUCCGGGUGGAUAACGACGGUGGGUCACGCUGCACUGGUGUAACAGUAUUACACGAGUUAUUUCAAUUUACUAGAAGAGGGGAAAAAAAGUUUCAUUGAACUUUUAAUAAAAUAUCAGUGCGCAGAUAUCCUGUGCUGCUAAAUAUUGACAGAACUUGACACCAAAUGUUGUUGUGGUUCAUUUUAAUUCUACUAAAAUGCUUUGGGUUUAAAUUAUUCCUCCAAUGUUGGAACGUCACGAUUAUCAGGAUCAGUUGUGUUUCGAAUCGAUAUUUUACGUCUUGAUUUUAAAACAGUAUUGAUUGUUCUUAUUGUAUUUAUUUUUUUAUUAUACAUUUUUUUCUUAUGGUAAUGUAAAUUAAGAAGCCGUUUUAGAAAGUGACCCACUUCAGAAGGAUGAAAUAAAGCAAAAGAGGGACAUGUCGUCAUUUUAGGGUGACGUGGUUAGAUCACGUAGCAAGUCUCAAGUCUCAGAGCGUACGAAAUUGGUGAAGGGGGGGGGGAAUCUCACGACAGACAGGAGUUAAAACGGAAUCUGUUCUGAAAUGUCUUGAACACAGCAGCAUUUCUCAGCCAUUCAUUUUUAUAAGUCAUUUGUGAACGAAUCAACUCUUUGAAUAGAUUCUUUGAAUCGACUCUUUUUUUUUUUCCAGCUGAACAGUGAGCCUUUUUUUUUUCCCUUGUCUUUUUGUUUUUUUCCUUCGUAGAUUUUUGUAGACGAUGCCAUUUACUCUUGUGUACUCAUGGAAUCAUUUAAACAUGAAAACCUCUUUCUAACAUCCGAGCUGUUCAUUAGGAUUAAAUUGAUUCAUUAUCGGUAAGAGUUUUUAUAUCAGUCAGGAUCACGGUGCCAUUUGAUCUUCCUUCUGUUCAUUGAGCCAAAUACUUUGAAAUUCUUCAUCUAAACAGCACACGGGUUUAUUAUUUUAAAAAAAAAUAGUUCUUGCAAGUCAAAAUAUCGCAGAUUUAGCAAUGAGCCGUUUACGAGCCGAUUCCUCAUGAGCCGAGUCAAAUGAGCCGACUCGCUACACGAGUAUUGAGCACUUCCGAACAGGAUGUGAGGUUUUUCCACCUGGAAGUCCUGACAACCUGCAUGUGUACAAAUAUUUAGAUUGGGUUAAAGUUUGUUUCCAGUAUCACAAGGCAUGUAGAUGAGGGUUCUAAAAAAUUAUUUUUUUAACGUUAGGCCUGUUAGUUUUUAGGGGGGGGGUUAAAAUAUAUAUAAUAUUUAUGUCUUUGAGGACAAAACGGAACGACGUGUUGGAAUGUGUGAAAUGUAAUGUUUUUCCUUUUAGACGUAUGACGUGUAAAAGUCUUUCCAAAACUUUUUGGGGAAAUGACCCUUGUGUUGCUUAACAUAGGAUUUAUGUCAGGCUUUACUUUAUGCAAUUAAAAAAAAAAAAAAACAGUGGAACAAUUUUAUAAUUGCGUAAAACAUGACCCAGUAUUUUCGUUGACUUCUGAUUUGCUGAUUUCUAACAGGAACUUAUUUCAGUGGCUCUAACUAUGGCUGAGUAUCACACAGUGAUCUGUUUUGGAUGUACAGGCCCCUCUGAAAGUAUUGGAACGGCAAGGCCAGUCUUUUUUCUCAUCUCAUUAUCUGUAGCCGCUUUAUCCUGUUCUACAGGGUCGCAGGCAAGCUGGAGCCUAUCCCAGCUGACUACGGGCGAAAGGCGGGGUACACCCUGGACAAGUCGCCAGGUCCAGUCUUUUUUGUUUUUGCUUUAAAACAAUAGAUCAGAAUUUUAUCUUUCAUUUCCUGAUAUAACUGACAUGAAAUUUGAAAUUCUGAUCCAUUAGCUCUUUUUUUAAUCUCAAAACCCAAAGUCUUCAGGAUAAAGCAAAAAGAAAAGAAUUGGCCUUGCUGUUCCAAUACUUUUGAAGGCGAUAUUUAUAUAUAGAGAGCGCACCAUAAUUAUACCCUUUAUAGUGAGCACGUAUCGUGACUAGAAAGCCUUCACAAUUUUCAUUGCUGAGGAAAGUGACCCGGUUUUUACCCUCUGAGUGUUGCUAAUGCUUACUUGUUAAUAUUUAUUAAACACUCAUUAAUAUUCACAUGUAUUUAAAUACCAAAUGUUUUCAGUUCAGUUGCACUUUUUUUUUUUUUUUACUGAAUUCAACAGCCCCUGUUCACCAAUGUUUAUUCAUAAUAGCACAGGUGAUGUGUUUACAGAUCAUCAGCCUCAUGAAAGAAGCUUCGGAAAAAUCUUUAAACUCAAAUCAGAAGGUUUUAGAAAUGAUUCAGAUUCUUUUCAAAAUAAUUUCCGUUUAGACAGAAUCAGAUCCAUCUCCUUAUUUGUUUGCAUUGAACAGUCCACACUACAUAUUCCACAAAUCUUACUCAAUCUUGAGCUCCAGUAAACACAAAUAAAUAACGUUUUGAUGUAUAAAUUUAAUGUGAAUAAAUUCUGUACCAGCCCAAAUGUUAAAUUUAUAAAUAAUGAGGCUUUGUGUAAGAGACUCCACGUUUUUAUGCAUAUUCAUAAGCUGGUUGUCUUAUGAAAAGGUUUGGUUUUAUAUACAGCGCCCUCCACAAUUAUUGGCAUCCCUCGUUAAGAUGUGUUCUUAGGCUUCUAAUAAAUUCUUCUUUUUUUUUAAUAAUAAUAUAGGACAACAAUGAAAAAAAAAAAAAGAGAAAAAUCCAACCUUUUAAUUCAAGUGCAUUUAUUCAGUGGGAAAAAAAUUCCCACGUUAAGAAAUAAUUCUUUUACAUGAAAUCAUGUGUGCCACGAUUAUUAGCACCCCUGAUGUUAAUACUUUGUACAAACCCCUUUUGCCAGCAAGCCAGCACAGAGAGACGGAUAUUCGACCAUUCCUCUUUGCGCAAUCUCUCUAAAUCGUCCAAAGUCCUGAGUCCUCUCCUAUGCACUCUCCUCUUCAGCUCACCCCACUGAGAUGGCCAUGGGAGGAGCUUGAUUUUGUGUCUGGUGAACCAUUUUUGUGUAGAUUUGGCCACAUGUUUAGGGACAUUAUCUUGCUGAAAUACCCAGUGACGACCCAUCUUCAGCUUUCGGGCAGAGGCCACCAGAUUUUGAUUUAAAAUGUCUUGGUAUUUCAAAGAGUUCAUGAUGCCAUGCACCCUAAUAAGGUUCCUGGGGCCUUUGGAAGAGAAACAGGCCCACAGCAUCACCGAUCCUCCCCCAUACUUCACAGUGGGCAUGAGGUGCUUUUCCGCAUACUCAUCUUUUGUGAUGUAUUAGAGUGUUUGUUGCCAAAAAGCUUUAUCUUGGUCUCAUCUGACCAAAGCACACGGUCCCAGUUGAAGUCCCAGUACCGCUUAGCGAACUCCAGACGUUUACAUUUAUGCUUGUAAGUGAGAAAAGGCUUUUUCCGUGCACGCCUCCCUAACAGCUUGUUGGCAUGUAGAUAGCGCCUGAUGGUUGUUAUGGAGACUUUGUGACCCCAAGAUGCUCCUCUUUGAUGCAAUUCUCUAACAGUGAGCUUUGGAGAACUUUUUACGUCUCUUACCAUCCUCCUCACUGCGUGGUGACAAGAUAAACUUGCAUCCUCGUCCAGGCUUGUUUGCCACUGUUCCAGUUGUUUUAAACUUCUUGAUGAUUCCUCUGACUGUAGAUCUGGGCAGGUUUAGGCGGACGGCUAUUUUCUUGUAGCCGUUGCCUGACUUAUGAAGGUCGACACACAUCUGCGUUACUUGAAUGGUGUGUUCUCUUGUCUUUCCCACGUUGAAGAGUGGAUAAGAGAAAUGGGCCUCUGUGUCACAUCAUAUUUAUACCCCAGGGAAACAGGAUGUGAUGAAUUACUAAUUAAAGGUUCCUAGAUACUCUGAUCAACUUUAUAAACUACAGUAGAAAUGCUUCAAUUACAUUUAUUUUCUAGGAAUUGUUAUGUGUGCCAAUAAUUGUGGAACAGGUGAUUUUAUGGAAAAUAAUUUUCUUAGUCAGGGAUUUUUUUUUUUAAUUCACUUGAGUUAAAGGUUACAUUUUUCUACAAUUUUCAGUGUGAGAUUAUGCUUCUGCAAUAAAAAAAAUUGAAUUUAUUUUAAGGCUUUUAACACAUCUUAACCAGGGGUGCCAAUAAUUGUGGAGGGCAGUGUGUGUGUGUGUGUGUGUGUGUGUUUAGAUUUAUUUAGGUUUUUUUUUGUUUAAGUUGUACAGUCAAGUGCAAAAGUUUACACACCCCUACUGUGUGUGUUGACUUUAUCGUGGUGGUUGUUCUUUCUGUUAUCUUUUUUUUUCCCCCCAGAUAUGUUACGUUCAUUAUGUCUUCUUAUUAAAUCAAAUCAUUAGUUUUCUUUUGUUUCAGA